AUGGGGCCGUCGGAUGCUGCAGAUUCGUCUCUCCUCCAGAGAACGCGCUCGUUUGCACGCAAAGCACCAAGCACUCUCUGGCGCAAGUAUCGGGCUUUGCAUCCCGCUGGAAAGCUUGCCCUAGUCUUCCUCAUCCUGUUCUACGUCGCUCUCGGCACCUUCAUCAUCGUCGUGCGUCCCGGCCGGAUCGCACAGUACCUAUACGAUCUAGCGCAGAAGAUCGCUCGCUAUCCCUAUGGGUGGUUAAUACUUGGUGCCGUCAUCGUCAUCAUCUCGUUCCCGCCUUGCAUUGGACACACGACAAGCUUGACGAUAUGUGGCUUUGCUUAUGGCAUGAAAGGGCUUUGGCUCGGCGCUGGGGCAUCUAUCCUCGGCUCUGCGCUAGUCUUCGUCACGCUGCGGUUCUUGUUUGCCCGCCGGCUGCGCAGAUGGAGCAGCUCUAACGAGAAAUGGGUGGCAUUGGAGGAAGUGAUUCGCGCGAAGGGGUUGCCGCUCAUCAUACUCAUUCGGAUGUCUCCUUUCCCACCAUGGGUCUACUCGAACACCUUGUUUGCAUCCAUUGAGCCCGUCAAGCUAUGGCAAUUCGUCGUCGCAACCUUUUUCGUUGGUCCCAAGAUGCUGCUUGCGGUAUUCAUUGGUUCUCGCGCUGCCGCUUUGGCGGAUGGAGAGCAGCGCAACCAUAUGGACAAGGCCACCAAGAUCAUCAACAUCUGCUUCAUCAUAGGCGGUAUCGUCAUAUCCAUCAUCGCGUCAUACACCAUAUACCAUCAAAUGCAAGCGCACAUCCGGCAUAUUUCCGACAUCCCAUCGGAUAUAGACGAGCUGGCUGCGGAGGCCGUGGAAGCAGCCAGUGAAGGUGCUCCCUUGCUACGCAGCUAUACGAAUGACAGUUCUUCAAGUGUGUCCAGCGAUACCAUUAGGGCGGGUCAGCGGCCCAGCAAGCCGAGUGUGAGGUAUGAUCCAGAGAGUGGCAACGCACAGUAA